UUGGCGCUGCCGACAUCUGUGAUCAAUGUGCCGCCAGUUCAAGCGCGUCUCGCUUGUAUUGUGUGUUUAUUUAUGAAAAGAAAACACAUCAAUUCAAAACCUUUUAUUUUUUUGACUGAAUUUUCACAAGUAUGCAGAGCAACAUGUCAACCAAAAGAAAACAGGUUGAAGGAAUGGUUCCAUCUGAAGAAAAUGAUUUGCUUACCAUCAGACCCUUAGGUGCUGGACAAGAAGUAGGACGUUCUUGUAUAAUGUUGGAGUUUAAAGGAAAAAAGAUUAUGCUUGAUUGUGGUAUUCACCCAGGACUCAGUGGCAUGGAUGCCCUUCCAUUUGUUGAUAUUGUUGAAGCUGACGAAAUAGAUUUAUUAUUGAUUUCUCAUUUUCAUCUUGACCACAGUGGUGCUUUACCCUGGUUUUUACUAAAAACCAGCUUCAAAGGCAGAUGUUUCAUGACACAUGCUACAAAAGCAAUUUAUCGGUGGUUAUUAUCUGAUUAUAUCAAAGUCAGUAAUAUCGCAACUGAGCAAAUGCUUUAUACAGAAGCAGAUUUAGAAGCUAGUAUGGAUAAAAUUGAGACGUUAAACUUUCAUGAAGAAAAAGAUGUAUUUGGUAUCAAAUUUUGGGCUUAUAAUGCUGGACAUGUUCUUGGUGCAGCUAUGUUUAUGAUUGAGAUUGCUGGGGUUAAAAUUCUAUACACUGGUGACUUUAGCAGGCAAGAGGAUAGACAUUUAAUGGCAGCUGAAAUUCCAAAUGUGCGCCCAGAUGUACUUAUAACUGAAGCAACAUAUGGUACACAUAUUCAUGAAAAACGUGAAGAUCGCGAGGGACGCUUUACAACUCUUGUUCAUGAGAUUGUUAAUCGUGGUGGACGCUGCCUUAUUCCUGUAUUUGCUUUGGGUCGAGCCCAAGAACUCCUACUUAUUCUUGAUGAAUAUUGGUCUCAACAUCCAGAACUCCAUGAAAUUCCAAUUUACUAUGCAUCAUCUUUAGCUAAAAAAUGUAUGGCUGUAUACCAAACUUUUAUCAAUGCCAUGAAUGACAAAAUACGCAGACAAAUAGCUAUCAACAAUCCUUUUGUAUUUAAACAUAUCUCUAAUCUAAAAGGCAUCGAUCAUUUUGAAGAUAUUGGACCAUGUGUUGUAAUGGCUUCACCAGGUAUGAUGCAAAGUGGAUUGUCCAGAGAACUGUUUGAAUUAUGGUGUACAGAUCACAAAAAUGGGGUAAUAAUAGCGGGUUAUUGUGUAGAAGGAACUCUGGCUAAAACUAUUUUAUCAGAACCAGAAGAAAUUACAACAAUGGGUGGACAAAAAUUACCAUUGAAAAUGUCUGUUGAUUAUAUUUCAUUUUCAGCCCAUACAGAUUAUCAGCAGACUUCAGAGUUCAUAAGAGUUUUGAAACCUCUUCAUGUUAUCCUAGUCCAUGGUGAACAAAAUGAAAUGGGCAGACUCAAAGCUGCUCUGCAGCGUGAGUAUGAAGAUGACCCAGAUACAGUUAUGGAAAUUCAUAAUCCAAGAAAUACAGUUGCUGUUGAACUUUAUUUUAGUGGUGAAAAAACAGCCAAAGUGAUGGGUACAUUAGCCAUGACUACCCCAAAACCAGGACAAAAACUCUCUGGUGUUUUGGUCAAAAGAAACUUUAAUUAUCACCUACUGGAUCCUUGCGACCUUAAUAGAUACAGUGAAAUGAGUAUAAGUCAAGUUGUUCAACGUCAAAGCGUAUAUUACUCUGCACCAUUACCGACCUUGAAGCAUUUGUUGACGCAAAUAGCUGGUACCCUUGAAACUAUAGAUGACAAAAAAUUACGCGUUUUCAAAAAUGUCGAUCUCACCAUCGAGGGUAAAAUUAUCACGAUGGAAUGGCUGGCGACACCAGUGAACGACAUGUAUGCUGACGCCGUUCUCACCGCUCUAUUGCAAGCUGAAUCCAUGGAAAAUAAUCCGAAAAUGCUUACUGCACCAACUAAAAUGGAUAAAAUGCAUUUUAAAGAAUGCCUUAUAGAAAUGCUACAAGAGAUGUUUGGUGAAGACUCUGUGCCAAAGAUAUUUAAAGGUGACAAAUUAUACGUUACAGUAGAUAAAAAGAAAGCACACAUCGACCUUAUGACACUAGAAGUUUCGUGUCCGGAAGACGAUACAUUCCAACAAAUUGUACAUACAGCUGUAUCGAAGUUAUAUCAGUCGUUGUCACCACCAAUCGAUUGAAGUUAUCAACAUAAGAAAAAAUAUAUUUCAUAAGUUAAAGUCAUACUUAUACUCGAUUUUUAAGUGCGAUACGUAACGAGGAAAAAGCGAUAUUUUCCGUCGUUUUCUUUCCAACUAAAGUAUUUGAUUAUAAUCAAAGGUAAAGACAACGGAUUUAUUGAACCGAUACUUGUACAUAGAUUUUUUAUUGUAAUUAAAGAGUAGAUGAAAUAAAAACAGAAUAAAAGCCUA